GGGAGGCCUGGGCCUAUGGGCGCAGCGGCGGCGGGCAGCGGCGGCCGCGGCCCCCGAGCGGCGGGAGCUGGAGCUGAAGCUGGUGCAGGUGGUGUUCCGGCACGGGGCGCGCACCCCGCUGCGGCCGCUCCCGGGCGCAGCGCCGGUGGAAUGGCAUCCCACACUUUUAAAUGUGCCGGCUCAGACUAAGUUUGAUUACAUGGUGACUGACCUACGUGGAGGGCCUCAACCUCCCUCGCCCUAUGAUGAGCAUUACAAAACGAUCACAUUUAAGGGUGGUGUGAUUGCAGGACAGCUGACAACAGUAGGGAUGCAGCAGAUGUUUGCCUUAGGGGAAAGGCUGAGGAGAAGCUAUGUGGAAGAAGCCAAAUUUCUCUCACCAACGUUUAAGCCUUCUGAGGUCUUGUGAGUCUCUCAGUUCCCUCCUGGACCUUCUCUUGCUUCCUCCCUCCGAACAUGUAGCCCUGGGCUAGGAAAUCUUUGUGAGCAGCAAACCCUUCUCCAUCCUACAGCAGACUGGCUGGCCCCUUCAUCUUGCUCAGUCUGCUGAUCCAGCUUUCUGCUGGUGCUCAGCUUGGAUCUGUUGCCAUGAAUGCUGCAGUUUCAGAUCUACUGAGGAGGAUCUGUUGUCAUUGUCACUGACGAAGCAAGCUCUGAAAUCCUCUACCCCAAUUACCGCAGCUGCCAGCGCCUGAAAUGCUUGAGCAGGUAUAAGUUGAAGGAUGCUCUGCGACAGCCAGCUAUCUCUGAUGACUUGAAAACAAUUACAGAGAAGAUGGGUAUUGAUGGUGAUACAUCUGUGGAUUUUUUUCUCCUCCUUGAUAACAUUCUUGCUGAGCAGGUGCAUAAUUUGCCAAGCUGCCCCGUGCUGAAGAAGUUCCAGCAGACAGUUGAGCGUCGAUCUAUCGACUCACUGCUUUUCCUUCUGGAGGAUGGCUCGAGAGAAGUUCUUCAGAUGAGUGUCGGUCUCCUCUUUUAUACCCUAAGGAAGAACAUUACAGAAGCAGUAGAUUCCUCAUCUCCAGCUGAAAAGGCCAGAAAGCUCAUUCUUUAUGCUUCUCAUGACACUACCCUGAUUCCUCUCAUGGUGGCACUGGGCACCUUUGAUCACAAGUGGCCACCUUAUGCUGCAGAUGUGACCCUGGAACUGUAUCAGCACCAGCAGUCCAAAGAGUGGUUUGUUCGCGUGUCUUACCAUGGAGAGGAGCAAGUGGUGAAAGGAUGUCGAGCGGGUCUCUGCCCACUCCAAGAAUUUCUACAAGUUCUUUCACAGUACUCCGUCAGUCCCGAGGAGUACAAUAGCCUGUGCUCCCAAAUGGAAGGGAAUCAGCAAACCGACUCAUGAUGAAGUGGACCUAAAUUAAAAUCAGUUUAUUGCCACAA